AUGUCGGCGCGAGAUCGACAAGUCGCGCAGGACCUGGCCCAAGCAUGCCGUGAGACGGCUGCGCAAGCUAUUGCUGCGACGACGGCAUCAGGGCAAGCCAGUGUUGUGUACCACAACCGAGGCAAGUUUGGCAGCAGAAAAGAGGCCAUGAAUGCCAAGAUUGCUGCCGCGAAAGCCAAGCGGGAGGCCAAGGAAGCUGGAGGGGUGUGAUGAAGGACUCUAACGUUAUAUCUAGUUUUUCCUUAACGAGAUGACUAUUCUUACCUACUA